AAAUCCAACUUAUUACUCUCCGGUGAUAUGACAGAUUAACUCAAGAUGUCGGUGGAAAGCUCAAAGUCAUUUAAGUUCACCUUCCAGUCGUCUGUGCACAGUUCACAUGUUCUGCAGUGUCUGAAUGAGCAGAGGAAGAAAGAUCUUCUGUGCGAUGUGACUGUUGUGGCGGAGAGCCAGAGUUUCCGGGCUCACCGGGCAGUUCUGGCGUCCUGCAGUGACUACUUCAGUGCUCGUGUGUCCACUCAUACACCCGAAAGCAUUGUCAUCAACCUUCCUGAUGAGAUCACCUCAGAGGGAUUUGAACCCUUGCUGGAGUUCGCCUACACCUCAAAACUCCUCUUCACCAAAGAGAACGUGCUGGAAAUCCGCAACUGCGCCUCCGUUCUCGGCUUUAAAAACUUGGACAAGGCCUGCUUUGAUUUCCUGCUCCCUAAGUUCUUUGACAGCAACAGAGGUACAUUUUUUGCUCAAAAUAUAAACAUUAGCGUGCAACAUGGUGGCUCAGUGGUUUGCACUGUUGCCUUACAGUAAGAAGGUCACAGGUUCGAGUCCCGGCUGGGUCAGCUGGCAUUUCUGUGUGGAGUUUGUAUGUUCUCUUGUGUUCAUGUGGGUUUCCUCCAGGUGCUCUGGAUUCUUUCACAGUCCAAACACAUGCGCUAUCAGUGAAUUGAAUGAACUGAAUUGGCCGUAGGGUAUGUGUGUGAUGUGAGAGUGUAUGGAUGUUUCCCAGUCAUGGGUUGCAGCUGGAAGGGCAUGUGUAAAACAUAUGUUGGUUCAUUCCGCUGUGGCGACCCCUUAUGAAUAAAGGGACUAAGCCAAAGGAAAAUGAACGAAUAUUAACAUAAAAAACUAAAGUCUUUGUUUGUUUUUGGAUGAAGGGGUUCAAAUGUGAGACUAAUUGUUGGUAGAUUAUUCGUGAAAGAUAAGACUCGUGUCAGGACAUGGCAAAUAAUCGAAAGCUAUUUUCAUGCACAUUUUGCCACUAAACCAGUUUCUAGUCAAUCUCCAGCAUAUUGUUUUAGAUGGAGCAGCGUUUACUACUAAGAGGAAUAGUUCACUGACAAGCUACGCAAAACUGUGUUUCAAAUCUAAAUCCAUUUAUUCAGACAAUCAAGAUGAUUAUUCCGUGAU